CUAAAGCAACAGUGUUUCCGGGCCAGAACUGAAGGCAAGAAUCCAAAGAGGCGAGCUGCACGCCGUGGGGGUUUAUCACAGGGGUAUUGGAGUCGGUAGAGGAUGUUCGGCAUCAAAAAGAUGGCCUCCAACAUUUCUUCCUCUCCGGCCCUUACCUUUGAGCUCGUUGCCCGCUGUUCGACAACAAGGGCCCGAGCAUCAAACGUCACGCUCCCUCAUGGCCCGGUGCAGCUUCCCAUGUUCAUGCCUGUCGCGACCCAAGCGUCGCUGAAGGGAAUUACGCCACAGCAGCUGGAAGAAACGGGCUGCCGAUUAUGCCUAAACAACACAUACCACCUUGGGCUCAAGCCUGGCAAGGAGGUGCUGGACGCAGUCGGAGGAGCGCACAAGCUUCAAGGCUGGAAAUACAACAUACUCACAGAUAGUGGAGGUUUCCAGAUGGUCAGUCUGCUCAAGCUGGCCAAGAUCACGGAAGAGGGCGUGCGGUUUCUGAGCCCUCACGAUGGCUCGCCGAUGCUGCUGACGCCGGAGCACUCCAUCUCUCUACAAAACACAAUCGGCAGCGACAUCAUCAUGCAGCUCGACGAUGUCUUGGUUACGACGUCGCCUGAUGCGGCACGCAUGCGUGAGGCAAUGGAGCGCAGCGUGCGAUGGCUGGACCGGUGCAUUGCGGCACAUAAGAACCCUGACCGUCAGAACCUGUUCUGCAUCAUCCAAGGCGGACUUGACCUCGAAAUGCGACGGGAAUGCACCAGAGAAAUGUUGGCGCGGGACACGCCUGGCAUCGCCAUCGGCGGACUCAGCGGAGGCGAGGCCAAGGCAGACUACUGCCGCGUCGUCGCGACAUGCACGGCCUUGCUCCCGGACCUGAAGCCGCGGUACGUUAUGGGUAUUGGCUACCCCGAGGACCUGGUCGUGAGCGUCGCCCUGGGAGCAGACAUGUUCGACUGCGUGUGGCCGACGCGGACGGCGCGGUUCGGCAACGCGGUCACGAAGAUGGGCGCCCUCAACAUUCGCAAUUCGAAAUACGCAAAUGACUUUGGCCCGAUCGAGCCGGGCUGCGGAUGCAUGUGCUGCCGGGCGGGCGACGGCGGCAUGGGCAUCACACGGGCGUUUGUGCACCACAACGCGUCCAAGGAGACGGUGGCGGCGCACCUACUGACGAUACACAACGUGUGGUACCAGCUCAACCUCAUGAGGGAAGUGCGGCAGUCCAUCAUCGAGGACCGGUUCCCGGCGUACAUUCGCAAUUUCUUUGCUGGACUGUACGAGAACAAGACGGAGUAUCCUUCUUGGGCGGUCGAAGCAUUGCAAGGUGUUGGCGUAGAUUUGACAGUAGACGGAUAGACAUGACUAGAUUUGGGGGGUAUCUAACAAGAUAUAUUAUAUAUGCAUGCUAUGUG